CACUGUUUUGACAGAUAAAAGCGCUUCUGCGUCGACGUGUCCGUCGAUAUUUUGAAACGUCCAGAAACGAUGCAAAUUAGUUGGAUGUUCAGUUUGAAAAAUUGCUAACGAUAUGAAGCAGUUAUUAGUUUUUAUUUCGAUUUUAAUUAGUGUGAAUGUUAUCACUGCGCAACGGGCGCCACCCGGAAUAAAUCCAAAUCAUUACCAACAUCAGCAGCAACAGUUCCAACAAGUACCUGUUCAACAAGUACCUGGACAACAAUACCAACAAGCACCUCCCCCUCAGUACCAACAAGUGCCCCAACAACAGUACCAAGCACCUGCGCAGCCUCAGCAACCACCGAUCCAGCAUCAACCGCAAGGUGGUGGCCAUCAUCAUGGAGGCCAUCAUGGGCAACCCCAACAAAUUCUCAACGCCGCAAAUAUUCAGCACGAAAAAGAGCAUAUUGCGGAGCACCUUGAAGUUCCCAUCGACACGAGCAAAAUGACAGAACAAGAAUUACAAUUUCAUUACUUUAAAAUGCACGACGGAGACAACAACAAUAAACUGGAUGGCUGUGAGUUGAUAAAGUCACUGAUACAUUGGCACGAGCAGGGUAGCAAGGAAAAGCAAGGGGUGGAGGAGAAGGUCUUCAAAGACGACGAGCUGGUAAAUUUAAUCGACCCGAUCUUAAACGUCGACGACACCGAUCGGGACGGUUACAUCGACUAUCCGGAAUUUAUAAGGGCGCAGCAAAAGGCGACCGGCGGGCAACCGCAGCAGCAGCCUGGGUCCCAUUAAGUAGGUGUGUGCGUCUAUGGGGGUUCGCGGUGGUGGGGGGAGUGGCGUCGGCGUCUGCGGACAUUUUAUCACGAAAGGGAGUCCUUAAUUUUAGAUGACGAAAAGAAAGUGAACCACGAAGCGCCCCUCUUUGAGGACGCGAAAUUGUCGGAGCUCAUCGACGCCCUACUCGGGGAAUUGGACACCAACAAGGAUGGCUAUGUCGACUGGGUCGAGUUUAAAAAUAAUCAAAAAAUC